GGAUGGCAAGGUUCAAUUGCUUGUUACAGGAUUCAAACAGAAAGAUUUGCUCAUAAAAAUAGCUGCACCAAACCACAGUCUUUCAUUAACAACAAUUUUAUCGUAAAGUCGCUUAACUACGUCAAGAAUGUUGACGAACAACAGAAGCUGUUGGAAAACUACAGCACUGAAGACAAAGUCAACGAGCUCCUCACCCAUAUUCUGACCAAUAGUGAGCUUCUUUAUAUGCUCUCUCUAUUCCAUUAUGAAUGCCAGAAGUUGAAAAUCACUAAUUCAGACUUGAAAAAUAGAAAAAAAUCAGUCAAAUUUACUCUCAACUUCUUCCUCCGUUUGCAACCCAUCAAUGAGGCUUUCUGGGAUGUCUGCCACAUCAUCAAUAUUUCCAACCAUAAUCACAAAUUGAGCUACAAUGUUCACGAUCUUGGACUUUUGGAUCCUAAGAACUUCUCCGAUGAAGUCUACAAUAAACUCCAAACUGGCAUUUACAACGGUGUAGAUUUCCGCAAUGUCGAGACGGUGUCAUUUGCCAGGCCAAAUUUUACAAGGGAAACCGAGAAUAAGUAA